CACGUUCAUUCAGUCGACGACGUUGCACGACGACGAAAGCGGACGGCGCGUGGAAGCAAGAACCAAACCAAACCAAACCAAACAAAUCAACAUACACUCUCUCUCCCACACACAACUGAACUCUGAAGAGCAGCGCGUGCCAUGAAAUACUAUCUGCAACAUUCAAUAGAUGCAACUGCAACUGCCACUGCAGCGAAACAGUGUCCCACACUUGAGAGAUUCCGAAAUUCCGAGAUCCGCGUUUGAGAUUCGAGAUAUUGGCGCCACAAAGGCAUCGCGCCCCGGCUUGCAACGUCGCGUGUGUGGCAGAUGAUCCUUGGUUGAUCUUGACUCUUUUGUCUGUGCUUUUGCUUGUCUGUGCAUGUGUGUGAUAGCCAUCUCCCAGAAGAUACUCUUAAUGAAUUGUUAUCUAACGGAUGCUUGGGAUUUGGAUAGUGACUAAAAAUCUAAAGAAUCACCAGAAAAAUUGUGAACAAAUUUUGGGAAAAACAGAAAAUAUAAUCAACAUUUGCUACUGCCUGAAGAACACCUAAAGAAAAAGGCGUGGCGCUCAUGAUGCGAGCGGUGCAGCAGUGACAUGGCCGAGGGCUGCGAGGACUCUGCCGGCGCCGCUGAAUCGACAACGUCACAGUACACAACGACGCUAGACAAGAUGCUGGGUACGGUGUUGCCGUGCGAGGCGGCAAUCGGUGCCACUCCUGGUGGCAGUGCCAGUGCCAGUGGCAGUGGUGGCAGUGUAAACUCAAACACCAGCGGCGGUGGCAACAACAGCGGCAGCGGCAGCAUCAGCAAUGCAAACAAUAUCGUGAAGCGGGAGUUUUGCGAUGGCAGCUUGAUGCCAGCUACUGGGGAAAGUGUUAACAACAACAAUAGUACUACCAACAACAACAACAACAACAAUACCAAAAUUCAGUCACUGAUUUGCACUGGAAGCAACAACAACAACAACAAUAGCAGUGGCAAUAGCAAAAAGAACAACAGCAGCAGCUCAUCCUCCUCAUCGUCGUCGUGCUCCUCGAGCUCAUCCUCCUCCAGCUCUGCCUCCGCCUCCGCCUCUGCCGCCAGCACCCACACCAGCUGCACAACCACCGCCGCCGUAGUGCCAUCGAACUGCUCCACAAAUGCCAACAAGUCGCCCGGAUCGCCCUACUCCCAGAUGGGCAUCGGCAUGGGCAUCGGCAUCGGCAUCGGCAUGGGCAUCGGUGUCGGGAGCGGCACUGGUGCGAGUCCGCUGCGGGAGGCCAGUCCGCUUGCCAGCCGCAGUCGAUCGCCAUUGAUGCAUGCCACAGCAGCCGCCCAAUCGCCCUGCAGCGGCGGUGCGGUGGCGCCCGGCUCCCCGCCAUCGGCCUCGUCGAACAGCUCGUCGCAUGUGCUGACCCUCAACAUCAAGACCGAGUCGGACUUUGACAAGGAGAUCAGUGGCCACAAGAUCCACUCCCCGAGCGGCAGCAGCCUCGCCCACUCCCUGCACCACCACAGCAACAGUGGCAGCAACCACAUUAACAACAACAACAACAAUAUCGAUGAUGAUAUGGAAAUCACGGACGUUCACGGCCUGCUCUCGCCCCCGCCACACUCCCGCUCCCACUCCCACUCGCGCUCCCCGUACGACACCAAGGACCACGUCAAGGAGCUGGAGUUCUACAAGAAUCUGGCUGCCAAGGCUGCCUCCCUGGCCAACCAGCAGCCCGCUUCGCCGUUGGCCAUGCCUCUGCCCAUGCCGAUGCCCAUGCAGAUCGACGCGGACGCGGAUGUGGAUGCAGAUGCAGACGAGGACGAGACCGAUGGCGACGAUGCAGCGGAGGCACUGCGUCUCCGGCAGGAGGAGCAGGCCCAGGCCAAGGCCUUUGCAGCGCAUCUGAACGGAACUAUGCAAGACAUGAUAAAUUUGCAAAAAUUACAAAAUUUGGCCACGCUGCAGCAGCAGCAGCAGCAGCAGCAACAGCAGCAGCAACAUCCGCAUCCACAUCCACAUCCACAUCCACAUCCUCAUACACAUCCACAUCACGGGCAUCAUCAUCACCAUCCUGCCACGGCCGCUGCACUGGCAAGUCUUCAGGGCUUAGCUGCCUCCGUAUUCAAUUCGCCGUUGAAUCUCAGCGUCGGUGCUGAGCCUUCGGCAGCAGUUGGUGCGGCAUCCACAUCGGCUGCGCGAGUCUCACCGCCCCACAGCAGUUGCCACAAUGGCAGCAAGAACAAGACGUCAAAGGCUAACGGCGGCGGCAACACCAAUGCACACAAUAGCUCCAACUCCGGGUGUGGCUCCGUGUCGGGUUCUGGCUCUGGCUCCGGCGGCGGCAAUGCCUCCUCCAGCCAGCAUCCGGAUAAUCCUAGCAGCAGCAGCUCCCCCCACGCCCUCAAUGCCACAUCGCUGGCCAAUGUUCUGGCUGCGGCGACCGCAUCGCCACCGCCAACCCUUCAGGCGCCACCAGCAAGCGCCCAGAUGCCGCAACUCAUACUCGCCUCCGGGCAGCUGGUGCAGGGCGUACAGGGGGCCCAGCUGCUCAUCCCAACGGCGCAAGGCAUCGCCGUGCAGACCAUUCUCACGAUUCCCGUGAGUCCGCAGAUACCCACCACAGAGCAGUUCCUGCCCAAUGCAUUUGGAGCCUAUGCGACCUACCAGCAGCAACAACAGCAGCAACAGCAACAGCAGCAACAGAGGGAGCAGCAGCGGGACUUGUUGCCGCCGUCGCUGGCUGCCCUGCAGCAUGCCACAGCGCUGCCCCAACUGGCCCAGACACCCACGAAUUUACUCAAGCCCAAUCUCUUUUCGACCGGCGUCCAGCAGCUGCUGACGGCCCUGCAUCCGGAGCUCUUUGCCGCAGCGGCCGCCAACCAUCAGCAGCAGCAACAGCAGGCACAACAGCAUCGGGAAAGGGAGAGAGAAAGGGAGAGGGAGCGGGAACACCAGAUGGCUGCGGCGGCCAUUGGUCACCUGCCACAUUCCCAUCUCGCCGCCGAUCUGCGACGAUCAGCGGAGCGUACACCCCCAGCAGGAUCGCCAGGCGGCGGAAGUCCGGGGCUGCCUUCAAAGGGUCCGCCUCCACCACCGCCAGGCGCCGCGUUCCUGCUGCAGCAGCAGCUUCACAUCAAACCGGAGACGCAGACGCAUCUGCAUCAUCACCUGCCGCCGCAGGGAUCAGCAGCGGUCUCAUCUACGCAUCCGCAGAUCAGCCUGAGGCAUCCGGACGAGUUGACUGCCCCUCAGAUGGAUCUGAAGCCGCUGGAGCUGAGUAGCAGCACCUCGCCGCCGAUACCACCGCCAACCGCCGCCCUGGCACGUCAUCAUUUCGGCCACAGUCUGCGCGUAGUCUCCCCCAAGCACAGUCCUGGUCGUAUGUCCGCCAGUGGCGCAUCUUCGAGCGGCAUGAAUCUCAGCCACCACCACGAGAGGCACGAUCGACACGAGAGGCAAGAUCGGCACGACCGACACGACCGCCACGACAGACACGACAGACACGAAAGACAUGAGAGGCGCUCGCACACGCCCACGGCUACGGCCACGCGGGCCAGCGUCUCAUCCAGCUCGGGUGCAGUGCAUCAUCUGCCGCACGAGAGGGGCGGUGGGAACAUGCCCCCGGGCAGACUGACGCCGCCGACCUCCACAUCGGCGAGCUCCGCAAACAGCACCAACGAUAGAGGCUACACAUCACCACUGUUCCGGACGCAUUCGCCGCCCGGACACGCCCUAAACAUGGGCACCUCGCCGCGCCUGGAGCGGGACUAUCUGGGCAACGGACCAAGCCUGGGUGCUGGCUCUGUUGGAGCCACCUCGACCACCUGUGGGCCGGCUGCCUCCGCGGCCGCCUCGAGCUCCACGGCCAACGUACUUAGCAGCAUCAGCAGACUCAAUGCCUCCAAUGGAGAGCUGACCAUCACCAAGUCGCUGGGUCCGCCCACGGCCACGGCCACGCGAGCCUCGUCGGCCUCGCCCCGAGAGGAUUCGCCCGGUCCGGGUCCAUCCACGUCGAGUGCCUCUCUGAUGCAGCCCCUCAAGCUGAGUCCAUCGUCGCGCAGCGAGCCGCCACACCUGUCGCCCAAUGGCAACGACAACGACAACGACCUGCUGAUGGAUUCACCGAAUGAGCCGACCAUCAACCAGGCCACCACCAAUGUGGUCGACGGCAUCGACCUGGACGAAAUCAAGGAGUUCGCCAAGGCCUUCAAGCUGCGGCGCCUGUCGCUGGGCCUCACCCAGACCCAGGUGGGACAGGCGCUGUCGGUGACCGAGGGACCCGCCUACAGUCAGAGUGCCAUAUGCAGUGCAAGCAGUGCACUCGCUGCGCAGAUGUACGCCGCCCAACUAUCGACGCAGCAACAGAACAUGUUCGAGAAGCUGGACAUCACACCAAAGAGCGCGCAGAAGAUCAAGCCUGUGCUGGAGCGCUGGAUGAAGGAGGCCGAAGAGAGCAGUCACUGGAACCGCUACAAGUCCGGCCAGAACCACCUCACGGACUACAUCGGCGUGGAGCCGUCGAAGAAGCGGAAGAGGCGCACCUCCUUCACGCCCCAGGCCCUGGAGCUGCUCAAUGCGCACUUUGAGCGCAACACGCAUCCAUCGGGCACUGAGAUCACCGGCCUGGCCCAUCAGCUCGGCUACGAGCGUGAGGUUAUCCGCAUCUGGUUCUGCAACAAGCGACAGGCCCUCAAGAACACCGUGCGCAUGAUGUCCAAGGGCAUGGUCUAGGCGGAGAGUGGGAGAAGGAGAGGCCCAUGUAAAUAGGAGGCCCCUGUAUAUAGCUAUAUGUAUAUGAAUAUGCGUACGACUUUUUUUUUAUAUGUUUAAUUGUGUGAAAAUGUGUGUGUGAUAGUUGUAAACCUUACAUACCCCUUAGACUUUAGCAUAGGCCAUGUAAAGUAAUGAUGUGUCAUCGCAUUUACCAUACGAUCCCACACACCCCACCCCUCACCACACCCGAGAACCCAAUCGAAUUGAAUAUUUAAGCAUACUAUAAUCUAAUCUUAAUCAUAUCCCAAAUAGCCUAAAGGUAGUCGAAAGUCCCCGAACAGACUUGCGCAGUUUUUAGGCCAAAUUUUAUUGAUGUGCCAUUCCAGAAAACAGAACAAACAACAAACAACAAAACAUACAAAAAAGACACGAUCAUACGCAUAAAAGAUUCAAUUAGAUAUUAAAUGUUUGAACAAUUUCAACCAAAAUUGAAUGGAUCUACAUAAAGAACUCUUUAGAUGAGUAAAAAUACUUGCAUUUAAUGCGUUAUCUACAGAAAUAUCGUAUACGAAGUCCAUUUUAUUUCGAUAACCAUUCAUAAGAAAAUUAUAGAUCCUAGCAAUUAGUCAACUCAGUCCCAAAAAGAAAAACACUAUGCAAAUUUAAUGGCAGUUUACUAGAAGGAAACCCAGCAACAGUUUAGACUAAGAAAAUUCGUCUAGCGAUCUAAAAUUAUGAAUGAAAAGAAACAAAAAUAACGAGAAAAACCAUAUUUCAACUACGAAAUUAAAAUGGUACACAGAAAAAAUAAACAACACAAACCACAACUGAACAAAUAUUUAAAUGAUUGUAAUAAAAAAAAAAUUAUUAUAAAAAGGUUUUUAAAUUUAUUUGAUUUACGAAUCAUUGUUUAAGUCACUCAAAGGCUUAAGACAUCUGUACCCGUAGACGGAAAUCGUUCAUUCUAGUCAAAUCAUUACGUUUUAUAUGCAGAAAGUGUUAUUUGUGGACUUAUUCGUAUUUAUUUUCUUGCAUGUUACAAACAUCAGUCGGCAUUACCCACAUAUGCAUGUGCACAUACAAUCUCCCUUAAAUGUCGUCUCAAAGCGUCCGCACUUGCAGUCACCACGCGGUAAGUAGAGACAAUGAUGUGUGCAUUGAAAUUCGCAAUCAUGACCCCUCUCCACUCUGACAACCUUAGGCGCCAUCCAACUUCCAUUUUGCGUUGCGUCGCAUUCUGCUUGCCCACAGCGAGAAA